CGCGCGCUACCAUCCCCAUAAACCACCCAUAUUGUUUCUUACACAGACUGUGGGCGUCAUCACUCAUAGAACGUCGACAAUUUGCGCGCCGCUUGGUCCAAGGUCAGGGAAGGCGGGACAACAUGUCGUGGACCGGUGGUGGAUUCUCGAAUUAUGACCGCACCGCCCAAGCUACAGCCUCACCGAGGAUUACCUCGCCGGCGUACAAGGGACUAGGAGCCGACGGUCAUGGCUUAGGCGAGAAGGCAUCAGGGUCGCGGUCAAGGGCCAACUCGGAAACUGGCCAGGAGAACAUGGAAAGCAAUGAUCCGGCAUCAAGCGGCGAAUCCACCGAUGACGACGCCGUCGAGUUGAAGCGCCGCGAGUCAAUCGUCCAAGAGCUCGCGCGCAAAUACACGUCCCAAUCCCAGGCUCACUGGACUCCCGGUACCAAUCCUUACUUGGAUACAAACGAGGACUCAACAAUUAACCCACAUUCGCCUAAUUUUCGGGCCCGGGACUGGGCCAAAGCCAUGGUUGAGAUGACCGCGAGCGAAGGAAAGGAGUUCCGAACCGCUGGUGUCUGCUUUCAGCAUAUGAACGUGCACGGUUACGGUAGCGCCACUGACUACCAGAAGGAUGUCGGCAAUGUCUGGAUCGAGGCCAUCUCACAGGGGCGCAGGCUCUUUGGCCACAAGGGGACCAAGAUUGACAUCCUGCAAGACUUUGAUGGUGUCGUUCGGAAAGGCGAAAUGUUAGUAGUCCUAGGACCUCCUGGAUCUGGAUGCACCACCUUCCUCAAGGCCAUCGCCGGCGAGACCGCAGGUAUUUACAUCGACGACAAGUCUUACUUUAACUACCAAGGCAUCUCUGCCAAGGAGAUGCAUACGCACCACCGGGGCGAGGCCAUCUACACCGCCGAGAUAGAUGUCCAUUUCCCCAUGCUGACAGUGGGCGAGACUCUCAGAUUCGCGGCUCAAGCCCGUGCUCCUCGCCAGCUUCCAGAGGGUGUAGAUAGAAUGACAUAUGCAAACCAUUUGCGGGAUGUCACCAUGGCCAUGUUCGGUAUCUCACAUACCAUUAACACAAGAGUGGGUAAUGAAUAUAUCCGUGGCGUGUCGGGUGGUGAACGUAAGCGUGUCACAAUCUCAGAGGCCACUCUCAGUCGUGCUCCUCUGCAAUGCUGGGAUAACAGCACCCGAGGCCUGGACAGUGCCAACGCUGUCGAAUUCUGCAAGACGCUGAGAACACAGACCGAAUUAUUUGGCAGCACCGCCUGUGUGUCCAUUUACCAGUCUCCUCAAGAUGGAUAUGACUGUUUCGACAAGGUCACCGUUUUAUAUGAAGGGCGGCAACUCUACUUUGGUCGUACCGAAGACGCUAAACAAUAUUUCAUCAACCUCGGUUUUGAGUGUCCUGCCCGUCAAACAACUCCUGACUUCUUGACUUCCAUGACAAGUCCAAUUGAGCGCAUCGUCCGCAAAGGGUUCGAGGGCAAGGUACCGCGGACACCAGAUGAAUUCGCCGCCGCCUGGAAGAAUAGCCCCGAGUAUAAGGCUCUUCAAGCCGAGAUUGAAGAAUACAAGAAGGAGCACCCUAUUAAUGGACCCGAUGCUGAAGCCUUCCGCGUUUCCAAGCGAGCUCAGCAGGCAAAGAGCCAGCGAGCAAAAUCUCCAUACACGCUCUCUUAUCUCCAACAAGUGCGCCUCUGUCUCUGGCGUGGGUGGCUUCGACUCAAGGGUGACCCCAGUAUCACCCUUGGUGCUCUUAUCGGUAAUUUCGCCAUGUCUCUCAUCGUCGGCAGUGUGUUCUACAACCUUCAGCCUACGACAGAAAGCUUCUACCAAAGAGGCUCCCUCAUCUUUUUCUCCUGUCUCCUGAAUGCCUUUGCUAGCGCCCUGGAAAUCCUGACCCUAUUCGCUCAACGUCCCAUUGUCGAGAAGCACAACCGUUACGCAUUGUACCACCCGUCGGCUGAGGCAGUCGCCUCCAUGUUGUGCGAUUUGCCCUACAAGAUCGUGAAUAACAUCAUCUUCAACACUUCGUUGUACUUCUUAACGAAUCUUCGCCGUGAACCGGGAGCAUUCUUCUUCUUCCUGCUCUUCUCGUUCGUGACGACUCUGGUUAUGAGUAUGAUUUUCCGCACUCUUGCCUCGAUGUCCAGAACUAUUACACAGGCUCUAGUCCCGGCUGCCAUUCUCAUUCUUGAUCUCGUUGUCUUCACUGGCUUCAUCAUUCCGGUCAACUAUAUGUUGAGCUGGUGUCGAUGGCUCAACUAUGUCGACCCUGUCGCUUACUCAUUUGAGUCAUUGAUGGUAAACGAAUUUUCUGGACGAGAAUUCCGAUGCACCGAGAUCAUUCCUUCGCCGCAACUCUCCGAAUAUGCUAAUGCAUCUCCUGCCAACCAGGUGUGCAGCGCUUUGGGCAGCGUUCCUGGUUCACCGACGGUGGACGGAGAUCGAUAUCUGACCACGGCUUUCCAAUAUUAUCCUGCUCACAAGUGGCGAAACCUGGGUAUCAUCAUCGCCUUCACUCUCUUUUCCCUAUUUACGUACAUGGUUUUUGCCGAGCUUGUUUCUGAGAAGAAGUCCAAGGGUGAGGUUCUUGUGUUCCGACGUGGUCAUAAGCCUGCCCAAUUCAAGGAGCGCAAAGGAGACGUUGAGGAAGGCGAAGGCCCCCGUGUCGGUCCGGUUGCUACGAACGCUAGCCGUCCUGCUCCGAACAACAAGGAAGCCGGCAUGUUGGAACAACAGACAAGUGUUUUCCACUGGGAUGACGUGUGCUACGAUAUCAAGAUCAAGGGAGAACCGAGACGUAUCCUUGAUCAUGUUGACGGCUGGGUCAAGCCCGGCACUCUCACAGCUUUGAUGGGUGUUUCUGGUGCAGGAAAGACAACACUUCUAGAUGCUCUGGCGAGUCGUAUUACCAUGGGUGUAAUCACCGGUGAUAUGCUUGUUGAUGGACGACCAUGUGAUGCUAGUUUCCAGCGUAAGACCGGUUACGUGCAACAACAGGAUCUCCAUCUCGCUACUACGACAGUUCGCGAGGCAUUGAACUUCUCCGCCAUUCUUCGCCAGCCGGCUGAUGUACCACGCGAGGAGAAGCUGGCGUACGUCGAUGAGGUUAUUAGGCUAUUGGACAUGGAGGAGUAUGCUGACGCAGUUGUCGGUGUUCUUGGUGAAGGUCUCAAUGUUGAACAGCGCAAGCGCCUCACAAUCGGUGUCGAACUUGCUGCUAAGCCACCACUGCUGCUCUUCGUCGAUGAGCCUACUUCCGGUCUAGACUCGCAGACCUCCUGGGCAAUCUUGGAUCUCCUAGAAAAACUGACCAAAGCAGGACAAGCCGUCCUUUGUACAAUCCACCAGCCGUCCGCCAUGCUUUUCCAACGUUUCGACCGACUGCUCUUCCUGGCCAAGGGUGGCAAAACUGUCUACUUUGGCGAGAUCGGCGAAAACUCUCAAACUCUAACAAGCUACUUUGAACGUCACGGCGCGCCACCCUGUCCCCCGACUGCUAACCCUGCUGAAUGGAUGUUGGACGCUAUCGGUGCCGCUCCCGGCAGCCACACCGACCGUGACUGGUUCGAGACAUGGCGCGAGAGCCCCGAAUACCGCGACGUGAAGGCUGAGCUGCAACGACUGAGAGACAAUGCUUCCGAUUCCAGCCCCAUGCAAGACGACCAGUCCUUCCGCGAACAUGCCGCUCCGUUCUCAGCCCAAUUCAAGGAGGUCACGCACCGUGUCUUCCAGCAGUACUGGCGCAAUCCCACUUACAUAUAUUCCAAAGCUGCUCUCUGUACCUUCGUCUCACUCUUCAUCGGUUUCGUCUUCUUCCGCUCUCCCAAUUCGAUACAGGGUCUCCAGAACCAGACAUUUGCCGUCUUCCAGAUCCUUACUGUUUUCGGUCAGAUGGUUCAGCAGACUAUGCCGCAAUUCGUCGUCCAGCGAUCCCUUUAUGAGGUGCGCGAGCGCCCGUCUGGAGUCUACAGCUGGCAGGUCUUCAUGCUCUCUCAGAUCAUUGCCGAGAUUCCCUGGAACACCCUCAUGGCCGUCAUCAUGUUCUUCGGGUGGUAUUAUCCCAUCGGUCUGUAUCGGAACACUUACGAUGACGGCAUGACAACACAGCGUGGCGCCCUAGUUUUCCUACUCAUCCUCUUGUUCCUGCUCUUCACGUGCACGUUCACGCACCUAAUCAUCGCGGCCUUCGAAACAGCGGAGGCUGGCGGUAACAUGGCCAACUUGCUCUUCACACUAUGCCUCAUUUUCUGCGGUGUCCUCGCCCGACCCGGCCAGUUCCCGCAGUUCUGGAUCUUCUUGUAUCGCGUUAGUCCGUUUACGUAUCUGGUCUCGUCACUCUUGUCCUUCAGCGUCGGAAACACAGAAGUGCAGUGCGCUAGCAACGAGUUGCUGCACAUUGAUCCACCGGCCGGUCAAACUUGCAUGGAGUACCUGGCGACGCAGAUCAGCUAUGGUGGUUACCUAGAGGAGGCCACGAUGAACAACACGGCAGAUUGCCAAUUUUGCUCUAUUAAAAAGACAAAUGAUUAUCUCGCCCAGACCAGUGUCAUCUUCGAGGACCGGUGGCGCAAUUUCGGCCUUCUCUUCGUCUACAUCGGCUUCAACAUUGUCGGCGCGCUCUUCCUCUACUGGCUCACCCGCGUGCCCAAGAACUGGAGCAAGAAGAAAGCGAAGAAGGAAUAAAAGAAAGAAAGCAACUGUCGAUCAAGAAAAGAAACACUAAACUUAAAAAUCUUUGUAAACUUAUUUUAAUUACUAGACUGGGGAAACAGCCACUACCUACCGACACCAUACCUUUUCUACGCCACAACGUUAGACUCUCAUAUUAUUCCUUUCUUCCGCCGAU